GACCCACCCAAAAGACUCGUCCAGCUCCCGACUUUCCAAGAUGGCCAUCGCCGAGACGGCAGCGGUGGCGGCGACGCCGACGACGACGUCGGAGACGGCGCCCAUGUCCCCGGCCUCGGCGAAGGCCGGGGCGGCGGCGAUCGCCCCGGCCACGCGGCGCGGGUGGCUGCGCCGGCUCGUGCCGCGGGAGUACCUGCCCCGGAGCCGGCGGUGGAAGACCCGCGCCAGUGCCACUGGUGCUGCCGAGGCCGCGGGCGAGGGCGGGGCGGCGGGGCCGUCGUCGUACCGGAGGCUGGCGUCGUCGCUGUCGCGGUCGUUCCGGUGGAAGCGCAUGCCGGCGCUCCCGUCCCUCAGCCUGCGCGCCGGCUCGGCGUCGGCGGCGCUGGACGAAUUUAUGGAGCCGGGAGUUGUUUAUUACAAGAGCAGCAAGAUCGCGAACCAGAUCGCGGUGGCCGGCGCCGUGGUCGGCCUCGGCGAGUCCCUGGCCUUCGCCGGAGCCGCCGGGCUCGACGAGCGGCUGUUCCUCGGCGCGGUGUCCAAGGGCGCCGCGGGGUCGCGCGUGAUGGACAUCUUCGGGGAGCGCGCGCUGAGCCGCGACUUCUCGUCCGGGGGAUCCGUGCGGUACAUCAUCAAGGACCUCGGCAUGGCGCUGGAGGUCGGCGACGGCCAGGAGGAGGAGGAGGCCAACGUGCUGCCAGGGUCGGCGCUGUACCGGCAGAUGUUCUCGGCCAUGGCGGCCAACGGCGACGGCGAGCUGUGCCUGCAGGGACUGAUCACCGUCGUCGAGCGCCUGAACGGCAUAAUGCGCAAUGUACUGCUUCAGUCUCCUUAUCUCUUUCACUCCCACAAACCUUCAGCAGCAACAAUGGCAGCACCGGGCUCCCUAGGACUUCUCCAGGCGCCGUCCUUCGCCGCGGCCAAGUGCCGUCCGGUGACGGCCACGAGCCGGGGAGGGCCACGAGCUGUGUUCACCGUCCGCGCCUCGGCGGCUUCCACUGCCACCAAGGACGCCGUGCUCAGGCCCUUCCGCGAGAACAGGGCUCUCAAGAUCAUUUCGGGGCUUCAGAACUUCGACAGGUCCAAUGUUGCGUCUGUCGUCACGGCUGCAGAUAAGGGAGGUGCUACCCAUGUUGAUAUAGCAUGUGACCAGGACUUGGUAAAGCUGGCGCUUGAGCUUACUAACCUCCCGAUAUGUGUAUCGUCUGUGGAUCCUUCAGCAUUCCAAUCUGCGGUAGAAGCUGGUGCUCAAAUGAUUGAGAUUGGAAACUACGACUCCUUUUACGAUGCAGGCAUUGAAUUCUCAUCUGAGCAAAUACUGAACCUGACAAGGGAGACAAGGAAGAUACUUCCAGACAUCACAUUGUCAGUAACAGUUCCCCACACUCUGAGCCUUCCGGAUCAGAUGAGACUUGCAGAGCUACUUGAAGAGGAAAGCGCUGAUAUCAUCCAGACUGAAGGCGGGAAGUGUUCUAGUCCAACAAAGCCUGGUGUUCUUGGACUAAUAGAAAAGGCAACACCAACAUUGGCAGCUGCAUACUCCAUCUCUAGGGCCGUCAGCAUACCGGUGAUGUGCGCAUCGGGGCUAAGUUCAGUGACUGCACCAAUGGCAGUAACCGCAGGAGCUGCUGGCGUGGGAGUUGGCUCUGCGAUUAACAAGCUCAAUGAUGUCGUGGCAAUGAUUGCCGAGGUGAGGAGCAUUGCGGAGGCUCUGGGGACGAAGGCUUCGAGGAAUGUGUCCGAGGACCUGAGAAGAGUUCACAAUUAGUAUUACUAUUCUAGGUCGACACGGCUUUUCUCUGGACAAACUCGAGAAUUCAGUAAGGAAUCAGGAGAUGCAGUUCCAACAGUUUAGCAUUUCUCCUGUCUGCUAGCCUUUGUGCAGAUCUAGAGAAGAUUGCCUGAAAGAGCUAAGAUAACUAAAUCGGUUUACGCCUUCCUCUUUAUUUAUUUAUCAUAUUAUAUCUAUAGAAUUGGAAGAUAUUCUUGCUGGUGAUAUGACCAGACAGUGAUAAAGCUACUUUGAAUA